AUGGUAGCGGUAGAAGGCGGAUCGGGAAUAGCAGGAACGGCGGGCAAGUGCUGGCAACAGCGGGGAACAGCGGUGACAGCGCUGCUCAUAGACAGCACCACCGUGAUACUCAAGACCACGGCCACAAAUGAGAACGCGUGCUGCCAGACGUGCGCGCAGGCCGACAAGUGUGUCUUCUUCCACUACCAGCCGCCAACGGAGCUCUACAUGACGUGGCGAGAUCCCAUUGGCCGGCAGCACUCGGUGUUCCUGAAGGCGCGCGACGGCCAGGAGCAGCGGCGGGGGGAGAGGGGAUUCAUUGAGCGGAUGGAGAUGGACGGUCGACCUCUUACCCCACCUACUCUGGUGGGGCAGGCAGUGCAAGGGGAGGGGGACUUUCACAUGGUGCUGGCAGUGGCGGGGGCCAUGGGGGAUGGCAGGGAUGUGGGACAGGCAGUGCAUGGGGAGGGGGCCUUUCAUAUGGUGCUGGCAGAGGCGGGUGGCAUGGGGGAUGGGAGGGACAGGGACACAUACCGCGUGCGUGUGGGGGGAGUAGCAAGCAUGGAGCUGUCCUUGCAUGCCGCACACCCGCUGCUGCAGACGGCUGACGAGGCUUACACUCACUUCAACGUCUAUAUUAAGUACCUCAAUGUUAGUAUUCAAAAGGCUCGCUGGCAGACUUUUCGAGGGGAAAUUACCCGGGCUAAACGCGCAGAGGAGUAUGGGCUGCUGACUAGGCUGCUGAGAGCGCCGAUUCAAGCUGACGGGGAGACAGGGCGAGGCUUUCUGGAUGGUGACGUGGAGGAUUAUGCCACGUCAGCAAUCGAUGCUGCUGACUGUGCGUUUGCCACGGCAUGGAAUGAGGCUCGGAGGAAGGUUCGGGACGAGCUGGGGGAGGUUGGCGAGGAGCAGGGGGCUUCUGGAGAGGCUGAUGAGGAGGCUCGGGGGGAGGUUGAGGAGGCUGAGGAGGAAGUUCAGAAGGAGGUUUGGGACGAGGCUGGAGAGGAGCAUGGCUUAUUCUUCUAA